GCCAAAUGUCAGAGGACGGCGGCCGAGGGGAUCUUUCUUCACGCGAGGAGGACACCAGCAAGGUAUUCACUCUCGAGAGCUCGAGUAGGAAAGUGUCUUAAGCUGAAGAGACAAAGAUGGCGUUGCGAGGAACACUGGCCAGACUGCCUGCCCUGAGGACUUUGAGCACAAGUCCGAGAAUCCUCGCCGCUCCUGCCAGGCAGACGCACAGCACGGAGGACAGGCGCAAGGAUAUGAUUAUCCAGGCUGCCCCCGUUGCUGUUGCUGCGUGUGGCAGUGCCAUCCCUGCCGGGAGACUGGGACUGCGAGAUCAUCAUGUCAACAGAUUGGAAAAGUACUUAUUGGUUUGGGGCGGAAAGUACAAUAAUGUUGAAGACGUUCCCGACUUGGUGAGCCAAGAUGUCUUGGAACGCGCCCGCAACAAGGCAAGAAUCAAGAUCAACAUCUGGAUGGGCGUCGCCACCCUGCUCGGCUGCGUCUACAUGAUCUGGUCGGGCAAGAAGGCCCACCGGGAAGGCCAGAGUCUCCUGAACAUGAACGUGGAGUGGCACAGGAGAGUCAACGAGGAGGCGAGGCUGGCUAGAGAGAAACAGGGGCGUUUGAAUGAAAUGCCGCAGCUGUAGAGAGGGACUCUGUGCAUGCUAGGCGAUGCUGAUUUGAUUUUUUUGUUUGUUUCGUAAAGCUGGGAGAUUGGUAGACUCGUUUCCCUAUGUUUUCAGUUUUGGAAGGAGAUAAGGAGUGGUGGAUCUGGGUUUGUGUUUCUGGUUGUUCUGAGGAGUUGAGGAAAGGCAGUAAGAGAAGAGAAUGCUCUGCAGAAUACUCUUUUCAGUAGUGGGAAAAGUGUCCUAUUUCCCAAAUAACCGUUGGAUAUUUUUUAUAUACAUAGCAUAUGAAUCAGUGCUUUGCAGGCGUGAUCAUAUGACCCAACCGAUGACAAAACUAGGUUUGUCUACAGUUUAAUGGGCUUUGUCAGAGGAAAAACCAUCUUGGUCCUGAUUUAUACAUCUUUAUUCCUCCCAUCAAUUCUUCACAGGAAAGUCUGAAGGAGAGUAUCCGCAGUCAAGUAAACCCCAGUGACCUCAUUACAACAGUGACAUUCCUUACCAACUCCCCCGAACAAUGUGCGUUGUGGAAAACAGAGGCGAUGCCUUACGAUGGAUCAGCACAAUUCGGAGAAGCGUGUGUGUGUUCAGAAUGCGAUUCCACGUGGGCUUAGUAUGCCCACGCCUUCCUGUCAAGAGGUCCAGUCGCUGCGUUCUCCCUCGCCUCAGAGACUAAGUCUAGAUGCUAGUUCUCACACCUAAGUCCAUGAUGGGGGUUUUAGUGUAAGCUUUUAUGCACGCAGCUUUUUUUUUCAUUACAGAGGAAGUGUGCAGUCCUCUGUUUAUUAUCACAACGCAAGAGACUAAAAUGGUGUAUGUUGUAGUUGAUACUUGGUUUUGUGCAACCGCAUAGCAACUGGAUUUACUAUCGCCAUCAACCACCUCCGUUGCCUUCGAGAAAGUGAAAUUCUACCGUGUACUCUUUCACGUCCUCUAGUAUUUAGAAUAGUGAGGUAUUUUAUAAUCUAUAAAAUUAUAAGCGUUUUUUAAAAAUCAAUCUUACCUCAUAAGAAGAAAAGAAUUGCAUCUAUGAAUUUAAGCUUGGCCUAUAAUGUGGUGUGCUAGAAAAGAACAAAAGACCGAGGAAGAUAACUUGUCCUCAACAUAUCCUUUUUUGCUGACAUUUCUUUGUCCGAGUUGGAUGGAAAUGAGCAGAAUAUUUUUUUCACAUUAUAAGUCUGUCCUUUCAGAGAGACUAUCAUAGGAAGUGUAACGUAUUUUGCCGGCAAAGUAAUUAUGGUAAUUAUUAAGAUUAGGAUUUUGUGAUUCUUUAUUAUAUAAAGUGAAUUCCGAUGCCACCAGGGCAAUAUUACGUAGGGCCGUGUGAAAACCUGUUUAACAAGAAAACGUCGAUGUAAAGAGAAGAAAACUUUACAAUAUGUUUAUCGGUGUAUAGAGUAUUGUAUUGUGAAUUUCCAUUUCCAUUUUCCAUUUGUAAUACUUUCUUCCGGCGAUCACGUCGUGUAUUUUGUAAGUAUAAUGAUAAUAAAACAAUAUUUUUUUAAA